AUGGAAAUAAACGUAAUACUCCGUACAAAUUCACCACCUGUACCGCUGAGUAAUCUCUCCUCGGUUUCACCACCGGCAACAAUUCAAUCUGACUGCAAUCCGCAAAAGACACAAAUACUUGGGAGCGAGAAUGAAGUUGUUGAGUGUGACGAGUUCCAACCACCCCACGCAGUUGUAGAGAAGCGAUUUCUGCUAAACCCCGGGUCAAUACGCCUAGAGGUGCAUCUAGACCGCGCUAAUUAUACUCACGGAGAGGAUGUACAAGUCCACGUAACUGUGAAUAAUGAUAGUCACAAGUCCGUAAGGAGGAUUGAGCACGGUAAGUUCAAAAACGUCGUGGGAGCUGAAUCAGAACGUGAAAACUGUCCCCUGGCUCCUGGGACAAAAUUUUCAAAAACUUACAGCCUAAAGCCGGCGUUGAUCUCAACGAAAAACUGGAUCGCUCUUGAAUAUAAUUACACGAAGAAAGAAAAGGAAAAAUGUCUUGCGUCGACGAUUAUUUCUCCAGUAUACAAUGAAGAAGACAGAAAUCCUUAUGCCAUAAAUGUCUCCUACUAUGUACAAGUAAAACUUCUGAUAUCACUGAUGUGUAACGUAGUGUCUGUGAAGCUGCCUUUUACGUUAAUGCGACCGGAUCCAGAUCCAGAAUUAUCGACUUUUUCUCCGGCACUACCACUAAAGAGCCCACCGGUAGAAACUUCAAACGCAAAUAGCGGAGGCGAAGAUAAAAAAAAACCGCUAGCAGUGAUGGAAACAUCUAUUCAGGCUAACGGGAACAAAGUUACCACUGCAUUGGUGCAAGUCAAGCAAAUGGCUGACGUGAAUCUUAAAGAGAACAAUAAGCUCUUUGAAAGCACCUGA